AUGUCGCGAUCACUUGCGCCGUCGAAGUCCUUCCUCAAGACUCUUGGGAACCUCGAGUCUCGACAAUGUCAUCGAUUCCUGUCCUCCACCCAGAGCUCACCCGCAAGGCGACCGGCAGCUCCGCGAGCAUGCGAGCUACAGCGACACCAGCCCUUGGUGCAGAAGCGAUUUAGAUACAAAACAGUUGAGGAGGCAAAAAGUCGAUAUCGGUCAGGACCGUUUUCCUGGAGAGCCGGUGUCCUCUUCGUCCUAACCGGCGCAGGCCUCCUGUGGUACUUUGAGCACGAGAAAGAGCGCAUGCAGCGCAAGCGAGUGGCUGAGGCUACCAAGGGAGUUGGCCGACCGAAAGUUGGAGGGGCGUUCGACCUGAUUGAUCAGAAUGGGAAGACGGUGACUGACCAGGACCUGAAGGGAAGAUACUCUUUGAUGUACUUUGGCUUCACACACUGCCCCGAUAUCUGCCCCGAAGAGCUCGACAAGAUGGCGACGAUGUUCGAUCUGGUGGAGAAGGAGAGGCCUGGUGCCCUGAACGGCGUCUUCAUUACAUGCGAUCCGGCGCGAGACACACCGAAAGAGAUGAAAGAGUACCUUAAUGAGUUCCAUCCCAAGUUCAUCGGAUUGACGGGCACCUACGAGCAGAUCAAGGCAAUGUGUAAGGCAUAUCGAGUGUACUUCAGUACGCCAAAAGAAGUAAAACCGGGACAGGAUUACCUGGUGGACCACAGUAUCUACUUCUACCUGAUGGACCCUGAGGGUGAUUUCGUCGAGGCACUGGGGCGACAACAUUCUCCGCAGCAAGGUGCUAAGGCAAUCCUGGAUCACAUGAAGGACUGGAAGGGCAAUUGGAAGACGGAGUGA